GAUGAGGAUAAGUAGCCAACAACAAACAACACCUUCAUUUUCUCUCUAAUCAAUUCCUUCGGAAAUGGAGAAAUUCGUCGCUCUAAAUGCUUCAAAUUUGAGCUCCGGUUCCCUUUUACCAAUUGGGUUUUCUUCGCCUUGCCGUAAAUCUGCACUUUCACUUCAACGCCGGCGGGUCCACGUUACCAGGGCUUCCGUUGCUCUAGAACAGCAAGCUCAAACUAAGGUCGCUGUCAUCAGAGUUGGAACACGAGGAAGCCCCCUAGCUCUUGCCCAAGCUUAUGAGACUCGAGAAAAGCUAAUAGCCUCGUUUCCUGACCUGGCUGAAGAGGGAGCCAUUGAGAUAGUAAUAAUAAAAACCACAGGUGAUAAGAUAUUAAGUCAGCCUCUUGCAGAUAUUGGUGGAAAAGGGUUGUUCACAAAAGAAAUAGACGAAGCCCUCAUCAAUGGCGAUAUUGAUAUUGCUGUCCACUCAAUGAAAGAUGUGCCCACAUAUCUGCCAGAGAAGACUAUCUUACCGUGCAACCUUCCACGUGAAGAUGUGAGGGAUGCAUUCAUUUCUUUAACUGCAGGUUCCCUGGCUGAACUUCCAUCAGGAAGCACAAUUGGUACUGCUUCACUGAGGAGAAAGUCCCAGAUUCUCCACCGCUAUCCCUCACUCAAUGUGUUGGAGAAUUUCAGAGGCAAUGUCCAGACAAGGUUGAAGAAACUGAAUGAGGGAGUAGUUCAAGCUACAUUAUUGGCACUGGCAGGGCUUAAGCGUCUGAAUAUGACAGAAAAUGUAUCAUCGAUCCUUUCUAUAGAGGAUAUGCUACCAGCUGUUGCUCAGGGUGCCAUUGGUAUUGCCUGCAGAAGUGAUGACGAGACAAUGGCCAACUACAUUGCUGCUUUAAAUCAUGAAGAAACCAGAUUAGCAAUAGUUUGUGAGAGAGCAUUUUUGACGACCUUGGAUGGGUCUUGUCGCACCCCAAUUGCUGGCUAUGCCUGUCGAGGUGAAGAUGGAGAUUGUAUUUUUAAAGGAUUAGUUGCCUCUCCAGAUGGAACGCGAGUUAUUGAAACCUCUAGAAAGGGACCUUAUACGUCUGAAGACAUGAUACGGAUGGGUGAAGAUGCUGGCCAGGAACUACUUUCGAAAGCAGGUCCAGGAUUUUUUGGCAACUGAGUAAAGCUUAUGCUCUUAUGGUCGACCUCUGCCUAUGAAAAAUGCAGAGAUGUAUCGAAUAACAGGGAUAGAGAUCGGAAUUUUAUAUUUCACCCCUACUAUAGGAUUAUGAGUCUACUUAUCCUUGUAACUGUAUCGGCAAUAGAAUUUGAAUACUUUGUAUGUUAGUGUAGCAUUUCCACUUCAAUUUGGAGUGUAUCCGAGGAAUGGUGAAUGUUUGCAGAUUUGUAGAAAAGUUGUACUGGCGGAUUUGGAUUGUUUUUAAUCACUGUGAGUAAUUUGUGCAACUGUUGUAAGCUAACGAAAGAGUAUUUCAUCGUUGGCUUAAUUUAUGCAAGGGGUUUGGUCCAAAUGGAAUAUUUCGUUUA